CAAAACAGCCAAAGAGCAUUUGAAGCCACACAACACGAGUUGAAACAGGAACAUACUGAGAAAGUCUCGGGUGUGGAGACAAUUCUUCCUCUGCAGAUUUUGAAGGCACUGUGAAGGUAGAAAGUGUGUGUGAGCUGAUGUGAAUUGAGCAGCAUGGAUCAGUGUGAGGACAGAGAGGAGCGAGUCCCUCCCUCUAAAAGAGCCAGAGAGAGCCACACUAAAGCUGAGAGGAACCAACCUGGACCUCCACCCAGCUCUGUGUCCUUACAGAGUGAUGGGUCUAAAGAUGCCACCAUUUAUUUUAAAGUCCAGCCUGUGUCUGCUGCAGAGAGGACCCAUGGGAGUCCUGCUGGACCUGAAGCUGGAUCCAGCUGUGUGUCCUUAAAGAGUGACCGGUCUAGACGUCAGCCCAUUGAUUUUAAAGUCCAGCAGGUGUCUGCUGCAGAGAGAGUGGACCAGGAGAGCGCAGAGGUUCGAGGUGGUCAGUCUGCCCAUCAAACACACCUGGACUCCAUAUUUAUGCUGCUGGAGGACAACAUCAUCACUUUUGUGAAGAACGAGCUGAAGAAGAUCCAGAAGGUUCUGAGUCCAGGUUACCCAGAAUGCUUAGAGAGUCAGAGGGAGGAUGAUGAGCAGAGGAGCAGAAGAGAGGCAUUUGUGAAGAUCACACUGGACUUCUUGAGGAGAAUGAAUGAGGAGGAGCUGGCUGACCGUCUGCAGCGCAGUUUUCAACAUCAUUUCAAGUCUGUCUUGAAGAAGAAGUUCCAGUGUGUGUUUGAGGGCAUCGCUAAAGCAGGAAACCCAACCCUUCUGAAUCAGAUCUACACAGAGCUCUACAUCACAGAGGGAGGGACUGCAGAGGUCAAUGAUGAACAUGAGGUCAGACAGAUGGAAACAGCAUCUUGGAAAACAGACAGACCAGAAACAACAAUCAGACAAGAAGACAUCUUUAAAGCCUCACCUGGAAGAGAUGAACCAAUCAGAACAGUGCUGACAAAGGGAGUGGCUGGCAUUGGGAAAACAGUCCUAACACAGAAGUUCACCCUGGACUGGGCUGAAGGCAAAGCCAACCAGGACAUCCAGUUCAUAUUUCCAUUCACUUUCAGAGAGCUGAAUGUGCUGAAAGAGGAAAAGUUCAGCUUGGUGGGACUUGUUCAUCACUUCUUUACUGAAACCAAAGAAGCAGGAAUCUGCAGCUUUGAAGACUUCCAGGUUGUGUUCAUCUUUGAUGGUCUGGAUGAGUGUCGACUUCCUCUGGACUUCCACAAAACUACAAUCCUGACUGACCCUAGAAAGUCCACCUCAGUGGAUGUGCUGCUGAUAAACCUCAUCAGGGGGAAACUGCUUCCCUCUGCUCGCCUCUGGAUAACCACACGACCUGCAGCAGCCAAUCAGAUCCCUCCUCACUGUGUUGGCAUGGUGACAGAGGUCAGAGGGUUCACUGACCCACAGAAGGAGGAGUACUUCAGGAAGAGAAUUGGAGAUAAGAAGCAGUCCAGCAGGAUCAUCUCCCACAUCAUGACAUCACGAAGCCUCCACGUCAUGUGUCAGAUCCCAGUCUUCUGCUGGAUCACUGCUACAGUUCUGGAGGAUCACCUGGCCAGAGAGGGAGGACAGCUGCCCAAGACCCUGACUGAGAUGUACAUCCACUUCCUGGUGGUUCAGGCCAAAGUGAAGAAGGUCAAGUAUGAUGGAGGAGCUGAGACAGAUCCACACUGGAGUCCAGCGAGCAGGAAGAUGAUGGAGUCUCUGGGAAAACUGGCUUUUGAUCAGCUGCAGAAAGGAAACCUGAUCUUCUAUGAACCAGACCUGACAGAGUGUGGCAUCGAUAUCAGAGCAGCCUCAGUGUACUCAGGAGUGUUCACACAGAUCUUUAAAGAGGAGAGAGGACUGUACCAGGACAAGGUGUUCUGCUUCAUCCAUCUGAGUGUUCAGGAGUUUCUGGCUGCUCUUCAUGUCCAUCUGACCUUCAUCAACUCUGGACUCAAUCUGCUGGAAGAACAACAAACAACCUCCAAGAACUCUGACACAAGAGAAUCUACAGAGAAAAACUUCUACCAAACUGCUGUGGACAAGGCCUUAGAGAGCCCAAAUGGACACCUGGACUUGUUCCUCCGCUUCCUCCUGGGUCUUUCACUGCACACCAAUCAGACCCUCCUACGAGGCCUGCUGACACAGACAGGAAGUAGCUCACAGACCAAUCAGGAAACGAUCCAGUACAUCAAGAAGAAGCUCAGUGAGAAUCUGUCUGCAGAGAACAGCAUCAAUCUGUUCCACUGUCUGAAUGAACUGAAUGAUCGUUCUCUAGUGGAGGAGAUCCAACAGUCUCUGAGAUCAGGACGUCUCUCCGCAGAUAAACUGUCUCCUGCUCAGUGGUCAGCUCUGGUCUUCAUCUUACUGUCAUCAGAAAAAAAUCUGUUUGAGUUUGAACUGAAUAAAUACUCUGCUUCAGAGGAGGCUCUUCAGAGGCUGCUGCCAGUGGUCAAAGCCUCCAACAAAGCUCUGUAA